AUGAACUCACCAGGUAAACAGCCGGGCAUCGCUUAUCGUGCCUUGGACCAUACUAACAAUGAUUUCCGUCUUUUGUUCCUCACACCUACUGCUGAACACGCAGCUCCUUCAUGCGACGAUAUAGUCAUCGGCGAGCUUCAACAUUACUGCCUCAAGAAAGCCCCUCCUUUCGUUGCCCUGUCGUACUGCUGGGGAAAGGCCGCCACGCAGAGCAAUAUCGAGAUCGAUGGCAUGUCACAGAGAUGCGGCUUCAACGGCGAAGUUGCUCUUCGACAUCUUCGCAGGACUGAGGGCGUCUACGUCUGGAUCGACCAACUAUGCAUAAAUCAGAACGACAACGCCGAAAAGGCGCACCAGGUCAGCAUGAUGCGCCAGAUCUAUUCGACCGCAACCCGGGUCGCUGUUUGGCUGGGCCUUCCAGACGACGACAGUGACAUGGUCUUACGUCAUAUCAGGGACAUGUGUGCCUUGAUCCGAAAAGAGAAGUACCUCGACGUGGUGCGAUUUCACACCGACAUCGCCUUCCUCCGAAGAGUAUCUCAUGCGUUCCGCGCGUUCUGUAAGAGGGAGUACUGGAGUCGAGUUUGGAUCAUCCAAGAAUUUGCCGUUGCUCGCGAGAUUGACAUAAUCUGCGGACAUGCAUCGAUCGGGUAUGCUGACCUGAGAGAAUUCAUCGUCUUCCUCAACAAGCUCAACGAGUACAAUCCUAAGAUCCAGGAGGAAGGUGGAUCGGAGGUGACGAAAACGCCUACGGAGAUGCUGCGUGGCUUCAAAACCUCGGCGAACAGCUUCCUCGAAGCUGUCCUCACCCGACGACGCAGGUAUCAGACACGACACGGCGUUCCUCCCACGAAUCAAGCGAUACCGGCACUUGAGGGCUUUGGGAAUGCCAAGGUUAAGGACAGCGAGAGUCUUUUCGCGGUGUUGGUUACGACGCUGGUGCUUGAGAUCGACUAUAAUCACUCGGAGGCAACUGAUCACCGUGACCGCAUCUUCGCCGUAAUGCAAUUUGCUGACGACGUCCUCGAGUUUGAGGGUCUCCCGAAUUAUACCCUCAGUUGUGAGAAAGUCUAUCGAGACGUGGCUCGACGCAUCCUGAUGCAGGGGAAUAUUGACCUCUUGUCCUACUGUCAGUUCCCACGCGAUAAAUCUUUAACGACGACAUGGGCGCCUGACUGGAAGAUGAGGAUUAAGAGACCCAACACCGGGAACCCAUGGCACUCAAAAUUCGAUGCCUCAAAGUCUUCAAUCCACGAGCAAGUCGUCGUCGCUCCGGAUAGUGAGACCAUCCAACUGCGAGGCGUUCUAGUUGAUGUCAUCACAGAAAUCGGCAAUGUCUGGAACCCAAGCUGGAUCGAAGAGCUGGACUGUAAGGCAGCACCAGAGUACAUCUCCGAGGUCCGUAAACUCUGCGAGAAGUCACCUAUGUUCGCCCAGAAGAUUAAGGACGCGGACUUAAAAGACGUCAUGCGUAUCUGCAUCGCGGACCGGUACCAGUACAGGGAGCCGGAGAGGCAGAAGGAGCUGCUAGAGGCCUACGCCGAGGCGGUCUCGAGGAUGACGAAUGCGGUUCGCAAUGUCACCGUCGAAUUGGAGAUGGGCAUAGAGAUGGUUGACACUAUCGGGUGGCAGCAGCCGUGGUUUAUGUUUGUGAUGAAGAAUCUCCACUCGCGGCGGCUGUUCCUCUCAGAGUCGGGUUAUGUGGGGCUGGCGCCGAUGCAUGCUCAGCCAGGAGAUAAGAUCGUAAUUCUCUUAGAAGGCAAAACUCCAUAUACUGUUCGAGAGACGGAUGCAGGGCACCAUGAGCUGGUUGGAGAGUCGUACGUGCAUGGCGUUAUGUUUGGCGAGUUCAUGACAGACGACGUUGAGGUCAGGGACUACACGUUUCGGUGA